AUGCCAGGCCAAGUAAAACGAAGCUCUCUUGGGCGACCUCGAAAAUCAGCCGAAGAUGCAAAAUCCACACGACGCGCUCAGGUUCGUGAAGCACAACAGGCAUACCGAUCUCGCCAACAGUCCCAGCUCUCUUCAUUAAAAGCUCGCGUAGAGCAACUGGAAGAUAUAUUUGACCACCUGCGCCAGACCAUCCAUGCAUUCGACAACCAAGUGAUCCGGGGUGGGUCGCAGUUGUCUCAACCUGAACUUUUCCAGACAGUCCGGUUGUUGCGGGAUGAUAUAGUAUCCCAUUUCAAGCGGGCGGAUAUUCCUUUUCAAGAAGCUCCAAAUAACCUAACCUCACAACCAUCCCAGGUUGUCAAUGAGCAAUCCCACGCGCAGGUCGCGUCCGAGGUGCCAAUGAGUAGAUUAAAAGAUCACACCGAGGGGUCUGAUUUCUGGAAACUGUUUUUGGGCUCGUCCACUGGCAUGAUUCCAUCGACAAAAAACCAAAGCCUAGACAAUCAAUCGAGUGACUUGGUUCCUAUUGCUGUGACACCAUCUAUUGCUGAAACCCACACCAUCCAAUAUGCAACUACAUCCUUCACCCAACGGCUUUUCCGCGCUUGCGCUGAAAGUGGUCAUCGGUUUUUGUCAAAUCCCUCAUAUAAAGAUGAAGAUAUGUGGGAAUUUGGACUAUUGUUACAAAGAAUGCCACGAGCAGAGGUCCGAGAUUAUUUCGGACGUGUCAUCAGCAUGGAGCCUUGCCAUCCUAUCAUCGAUGCCCGAUUCCCAUAUAUCAGCAUCGGCGGAGCAGGAACACACUUUUUACCACCCCCCAGCGAUGCUUUUUCUGAUAGCUUCGCCCUCUUCCGAACAACAAAUGGCGUGUCUCAUGUUCCUGCUGAUGAAGACUGGUUUGAUGUGCACGAUGUCGAGAGGUACCUGUUCAACCAAGGCAUUCGUGUAGGCGAGUUUCCUUCUUCCGCUCUUGCGAUAUCUUAUCCGUCUAGUCCAGACGCCAGGCCUUCAAUCUUGGAGGUUCCCCAAGGCGCAAUACCCGGCAGUAUGAUGAUGGUCGUCGAUGAGUAUAAAUUGGACUGGCCCAGCUUCCAGUUGCGCUGGGCUGUGUGGCUGGCUUUCGCCGGUCUGAUGUUGAGCGGGUAG